CUUAUUAAAUACGUAUACUUCGUACUAUAUAAAGAAGUAAGUAAUAUAAAAGAUCUAAUAAAUAUAUUUUUUAAAGUAGUUAUCGUAAAUUAUAAAGUACCUAAAGAAAUCAUUUUUAAUAAAAGAAGUAUAUUUACCUUAAUAUUUUAA